UUUAUUGGGUCACCUAACCAACACGAAAUGCUCGCUGGGGAAGUGUCGAAAGAAGUGCUCCAAGUUGAAAGAAGAAUACUUCGUAAAUGGUAAAUUGUGCGCUUUUGAAAGUGUUCCGGGAAUACAGUGCCAGCAUCAGCGGAUCAAGCAAAGAUUGUAGGACGUGCGUGUGAAAUCGGUUCUCUAGUCGCGUAUUGCCAAAACGGUACGGUGUGUGCAAAGCUGAAACACACAGAUCGCUAUUCGCUGAAUGAGCACGGUUCGCGGCCAUCUUGAAAGUGAGGCAACACAAACACACUCACUCACGUAGACACGUACGUACGUGCGCGCGGUGCACAUACACACAACGUCGCCUUCGCCGCUGCCCGCAGUAAAGGGGGCUAAAAGUGCUACUGGUUCCUCUUGUUUGCGGUCUGAGAAAACGGAUUGCUGCGGACGGAAUUCUUGAUUUCGGAACAACCCUCAAGCUCAACCUGCCCGGGGCAUCGAGUCGGACAGUCGAGUCGAGCGCCGCUUUCACCGCAACCUUAGCAACGCAUCAUCCCCAUGGCUGGCAUUUGAAGCUGGAUCAAAGAAGGCGCAGGGAAAAAAAAACCCAACUCACUACCACAGCACCGCCAGCAGCAGUUCUUCUAUCUCGCGUACGCGUACGACGUCGGUUUCCCCAACCCCGUGUGUGCGUGUGUGUGUGCGCGGCCUGUGUGUGUUUAGUGGAGGAAAAGCGGAUCGGGCAGCAGGAAAAUCCGAACGAUUGCAUCCGAAAGGGGGUUGCAUUUUCCGGAGGAGCUCGAAGAUCCUGCGUCUGUACGACGGUGGAGAAGAAGAAGCUUGCCAAAGCGUUGUGUAGCAGCAGCAGCAGCAGCAGCAAAAGCUGGAGCGAACCGCGAGCAGAGGUCAAGAAGCUUUUGGAGCGCGCGCCAGAACCAUUCCGGAGGCCCGUUUUGCAUGAGUAGAUUAUGUAUGAUAUCUGUGAGCAGAUGUGUACAUAGCCAUGGCUGCGACGCGAAAGUUGCAAGGUGAAAUCGAUCGGUGCCUGAAGAAAGUCACUGAGGGUGUAGAAACGUUCGAAGAUAUUUGGCAGAAAGUUCACAAUGCUACAAAUAGCAAUCAAAAAGAAAAGUAUGAAGCGGAUCUCAAGAAGGAAAUUAAAAAGCUGCAGCGAUUGCGCGAUCAAAUCAAAUCAUGGAUCGCUUCCGGCGAGAUCAAGGAUAAAAGCGCUCUGCUGGAAAACCGUCGGCUCAUAGAAACCCAAAUGGAGCGGUUUAAGGUGGUCGAACGGGAAACGAAAACGAAAGCAUACUCGAAGGAGGGCCUUGGUGCGGCCCAGAAGAUGGAUCCGGCGCAGCGGGAAAAGGAAGAGAUUAGCACGUGGCUAACGUCGUCGAUUACCUCGCUGCAGAUACAGAUCGAUCAGUUCGAGUGUGAGAUCGAGUCACUGUUGGCGGGGAAGAAGAAGAAACUCGAUAAGGAUAAGCAGGACAAGAUGGACGAGCUGAAGGGCAAGCUCGAGAGGCACAAGUUCCAUGUCACGAAGCUGGAGACGCUGUUGCGAAUGCUCGAUAACGACGGGGUCGAGGUGGAGCAGAUAAAGAAGAUCAAGGAGGACGUGGAGUACUACAUCGAUUCCUCGCAGGAGCCCGACUUUGAGGAGAACGAAUACAUCUACGAUGAUAUCAUUGGGUUGGAUGAUGUGGAAAUCUCUGGUAUCCCGGUGUCGACCGGUACGGAUAGCAAUAACAGCAAUGAGACAGCAGGCUCGCCCAGCAGUCUAAUAUCUGGAACUAGUCCGGCGCAGUCACCGGUGCUAAACUACAGUGCCAGCACGUUACACAAUCACAGUAGCGAUCUGUCCGCCGAUAACAACAAUCUGAAUGAGAAGCGUUCGAAGAGCGAUGGCACGAAGAUUACGCCGGUGAAACCGACCGCAAUCCGCGCUAGUAAGGUGGACCCGUCCGUCACCGCUGUCAGUAAUGCCGUCAACAACAACGGCAGCAGUAAUAGCACCAGUAACAGUAGCAGCACUACUAUCAGCAACAACAAUACGUCCAAGGCCGGGCUGAUCAGCUCGACGCCCAGCAAAAAUCAUACGAAUGCUGCCCCGGCGUUACCGAACAUGUUGGUGCUACCGCAGCCGCCCAACAGUAUAGCCAUCAUUGGACCCGCUUUUGCUGCUGUCGCGAAACAACAUCCUAAAAAUGGUUCUAUACUCCAGCCCAGCACGCCCACCACGGGAACGGGCGCGUCACCAUCGUCAGCAAGUGGCCCACUGCAAACUCAGCCCCCGAAUGCAUCGAAUGUCUUUAGCAGCCUCAGUCAGAUAAUUAAUACAUCUCAAACUAAGCUUAGUCAGCAGCUGCCACCGCAGCAGCAACAGCAACCGCCGAACAGCUUACCGAGUGCUGCCGCCGUUGUUGCCGCGGCGAAUAGCAGCAGCGUGCCGUCGUCGACACAGUCGAGCGCAUCGUCGCAGCAGCAGCAGCAAACGCAGCAGCAGGCACAGCCACCGCAACAGCAACAAUCCCAGCAGAUUCCUCCCGGUCAGAAUUCCAUGCUACUUCACAGUGCCCUGUCGUCGGCAUCGAGUACGGAGAGCAACAAUCAUGUAAUGAGUACAUCGUCCGCGUCUACCAUCAGUAGUAGCGGGGCGAACGUUAUUAAUAACUGUGUCUCUCCCAGCAAUUCCGCAGUCAGUAGCAGAGCGUCACCCAGUUUGAUGUCACCACCGCAACAGCAGCAGCAGCAGCAGCAGCAACAGUUGUUGAACGGUCCCACAACACUCGCGCAAGAAGUGAUAAAUAGAACAGGAGGAGUGCUCGAAACUGGUCCAAGCUCCAAUCCAAACGCGCUAAUGCAGCAGCAGCAGCAGCAGAGCCAACAGCAACAACCGAAUCCCCAGGGUGCAUCAGCAGUGGCGACGGCAGCUACCACUGCUGCCCAGCAGCAAGCCGCUGCAGUAGCGGCGGCGGCAGCGGCAGCAGCAGCUGCUCAAGCAGCAGCAGUUGCCGCGGUGGCCGGCCAGCAGCAACAGCAGCAGCAGCAGCAACAGCAACAGCAACAGCAACAGCAGCAGCAGCAGCAGCAGCAGCAACAGCAGCAGCAACAGCAGCAACCACAACCACAACCACAGCCAGCAGAUUCGAGACAGGCUGGGCCAGUUCCUUCGAAUCAAACGCCCCAAACACAGCCGGUUGGUGGCCCGGGCUCGUUCAUGGUCGAUGCGAGCGGUGUACCGACGGGGGCCGCCAACGCGGGCAACCUACUACCAACGUCGUCAGCUACUGCCAUUACGAAUGGGCCGAACGCGAUCAUCAACACAAACUCUAGUAUUUCGAACGCCGCCAACGUGAACAGUGGCCCGGGAGGCGUGAUGAAACCUUCGGCCGGUACGCACGAAGCCUGCAUACCGCCACUGCUUGGCGUCGCACCGUUGGGCACGUCCAAACUACAGAAGGAGCAUCAGAUACAAUUCCAACUCAUGGAAGCCGCCUACUAUCAUCUGCCAACACCAAGCGAUUCAGAGAGGCUAAGGCCGUACUUGCAACGUCAACCUGUCCAAACUCCACCGCACUUUCCACAGCAACAACUUCCACAUUCUGAAACGGUCGAGUUUUUCCAGCGUCUAUCACCCGAAACGCUCUUCUUCGUGUUUUACUACAUGGAGGGAACGAAGGCUCAAUAUCUAGCCGCGAAGGCGCUGAAAAAGCAGAGCUGGAGAUUUCAUACGAAAUAUAUGAUGUGGUUCCAGCGCCACGAAGAACCGAAAGUGAUCAACGAAGAGUACGAGCAGGGAACCUACAUCUAUUUUGACUAUGAAAAAUGGGGCCAGCGUAAAAAGGAAGGGUUUACGUUUGAAUACAAGUACUUAGAAGACAGGGACCUGAAUUGAUCUUUACCGAUUACGGAAGAACUCCUUUUUUAAAAAAUAUGUGGAAAACAAAAUGAAACGCAAAAAAAUGGAUCAAUAAAAAAACUAUAAAAAAUGUUCUGAAAACAAAACUCAACAUGGCACCCCGUGCACCAGAAGAGGCUGGAAGAGGCAUCGGCGCAAAGCUAAGCGACGCGAAGAGAAGAGAGAAAGAGUUGGUCACAAGGAAACCGGAAGUAGACCGACGACCGACACACACACUGGUGAAUGUAUUUACUUUCCGUAAAAAAACACAGCGCGCGCUCAACUUUGAACGAUCGUGGAAGACAAAUACGUACAAACCACCUCCAAAACAAGUGUGAUUUGUUUUAGCUUUCCUUCUUAAUGGUCCCCGGUGGUAAUGGCUGUUGCAAGGAACUUCCUGGGUGUGCGAGCGUGUGUGUGUGUACAUACAUCAGCGGUGCGCGUCUGGACAACAUUUCACCCUACAGACCGAUCAGCGGAUUAACAAGGAGUCAAGCGAGUUUUGUCGUUUCCCAGGACCGGGCACCGGGCGAAGUCGCACAGUCAAUUGCACGCCAGGAGUGUAAAAUCGUUUUGCCUCGCUACCGCCGCCGACGGACGGGGACAGUAUUGAAGAAAAGAAACCGCGCCAGAAGAAAAAAGAAAACGGAAAACCCCUUUUCACCCACACGCAAACGUACGUACGCAACAACAAUAUUAACCCCCCUUUGGAUUGAUUGAUGAUAGAAAAUAGAUUUUAAAGACUUCCGAACCCGAAACGGAACCCCGAAAACCCCCCGGCAAGUGGAGCAGCAAGCUGUGUAUAAAACUAACUUAAACGAAUUCAGAACAAAAGCAAAAAGCGUUUAGAGAAAAUCGUAAAAAAAGUAUGCAAAAUGAAGCCAUCACUUUUCACUUCACCCCAGGGAGAGACGACAGUGUAGGGAACGGUAGGGAAUAUUUUGUUGUAACAAAAAAGCUCUCGGGAGUCGGGUGCUGGCUUGGACCCACUUCCUUUCGGUGGUUCCCUACUCACCCCCCCCCCCCCCUUUUUAGGAGAGGUGGCCCCACAGAGGAGGUGGUCAUAGGCGGAAUGUUCAUUUCAUCAUCCAACAUUUUGUAGGGCGAUAAGCAAAUUAUCGAUUGUACAAAAAAAAAAGCGCUUGCCUCUGCUGUAUCGGCUCGUCGGAGUUGACCGAACGCAACAUCACGACACGUACUGGGACUUCUGUCCAACAAUAGUGAGGAUUGUAAGGAAGGGUAGAAAAAGAUUGUUCCAAAUUGUUUUCUGGUGUUUUUUUUGUUCUUCUUUCCAACGUUCCGGACUGUCCUUUGACCGUGUUGCUACCGAAUUACGUUAGUGGAUGUUUACAUUUUUACCCCCCGAAAAAAAGAAAAGGGGGAAGGAAACACACACAGGCCCACGGUUUUAAAAGUACAUUAUUACGUUUGCUCACGUGCCGCACGUGUGUAGGUAGUAGGUAGUAGGACGGCAUUAGUAGUCUCCCAGCAUUUCUCUCCACAAACGAGGAUGAAAUAGUGCAGUUAUAAAGGUGGAUUACCAGUUAAGAGUAACAGAACAGAAAAUUGCAGCAACAGAAAACAGUUGCCCGGGUAGCAACCUCUUUGCCUUCCGAGUAAAAGCAAGCAAUCCUUUACACCACAGUCACAUCGUCACACACUCACUCACUCAUCCAUUAGUAGCAAGACAACGGCAAUCGAAGGGCGUCUGUUUGAUUAGCAAACCAAGGAACGGGGCAUUGGGCAGAGGAUGUAGAUACAAACCACGUGGGGGGGAAUCCACUUGAAGACCCGCCCCCCCCCCCAGUCCCGGUAACGAAACCGAUCACCACCGGGGGUCCUCCGGCAUCUGUUAGUUGAAUGCCGGUUGUUUUGGUGUUUAAAAAGUAGUUCGUUCGUUAGCGGCCGUGGAAAGGACGCCGGGCGCGGGUAUAUUAACUGCUGCCGAUAGAGCGCGAGUGUUGUUUAGUAGGUAGGCACGUGGUGGUGCCCAACAGUGCUGCGAACGUUUCAGCAAAAAAAAUCCAGUAAUAAUGAUCGCUCACUAGCAAAUAACUAAAACGAACUGAUUCCCGAGUGCAAAAAGAAAAUGUGAGAGGGGAGGGGGUGGGUGGAAAGGGUAGGAAAAGCGGUGGUGAAGGAGGACGAGGAGGAAAUGAGUUCAGUGUACCCCUAACCAAUCGUGUGCAGUACAGAUUUAUUUUUAGGCUGAACACUACUGCCAAGGAAGACGAUCUGCUGCUGCGCUACUACUGCUGCCGUUAGUAGAAGAAGAACAAAGCAUGACAACAUCAUCAGAGCAAAAACAGAGCAAACAAAGAAACGGAACAAAACUAAACAAUUUAAAAAGUUAAAAACAACGCAAAAGUACAUGGAGAAACAAAACAAACGAACAAAAAAAAAGCAACAAGAAGCAAAUGUAGUUCAAUUGGAACAACCGAGAGCGACAAAGGGAGAAUGAAGUUGAGGGAAAUGGAAAAACAAAAAUCCCCCCAGCAAACUGCUGCCACACGAUUCGAUUGCGAUCGCAGGACCGUUUCGUGAUCGCUCGCUGCUUCUUCGUUAGUAAGGAAGCAAUCUUUCCCCCCCGGUCGCGAAUUCACGGCGUGGAUUUUCUGGCGCGGGCUCGAUUAAUAAGAGCGGUUCGGGUGUGUGUGUGUGAGGUGCGGUGUCACGUGCCACAGGAGCAAACACCAGAAUCCUACAGUCGAUGGGCGACAGGGCACACACACACUCACACACACACAAUCUCUCGUUCUAAAACACGAAUGACGAUAAAUGAAUGAACAAAAACAAAACUGCAUUAAAAUGUGAUUUAUAAUUAUAGAUAAACUGAUUGAGUAAUUAUUAACGAAAUAAAAGCUCUAUAUAUUAA